AACCUAAUGCUGAAGAUGAAGAAGUAGAAGUAAAAGAGAUGGAAGAGCAAGAGCAUCUACAAAUAGAGCAAGGACAUGUUGAAGAGGAAAAUUUUAGGGCCUUUUAGGAUAAGAUUUUUAGGGCCUUUAUUCUGCUUCGGCCCAGGCUGAUGAAUCCUCAGGACUGGCCCUGAUAGAGUCCGCCUCUUCCCCAGCACAUCAACGCAGUUCUACUCAAUAAUCUAUUUCAAGAGGUAGUUCAUUUCAUCCGAAAAUGGCGUUGGUCUCAGAAGCAGUUCCCAAGUUCACGGCUGACGCCCUCCGCGCAGCGGCAAAGCAAUCUGAAGCGUGCCGAACAGUUUCUCUUAGGCUUCGUCGAGCUAUCAAAAAAUACAUCAGAGAAAAAGAAGACCCGCAUAUGAGGAGAAAGGUGUUGAGGCUAUCUGAGUCUUUUGGCCACNAGUGCAUAUGGUGAUAUCGGUCUGAAAUAUCAAGAGGAUGAGGCUACAGCUUAUGUGGUUUCUCGGAUGCCUGCAGUUUAUUCUGCUUUGUAUAGAGUGCUUAGUGAGGUUAGGAGAAGAGUGCCUGAUUUUUCUCCUGCUAAAGUAUUGGAUUUUGGUGCAGGGACUGGUUCUGCAUUCUGGGCAACAAGAGAAGUGUGGCCAAAGUCCUUGCAGAAGGUUAACUUGGUGGAGCCAUCACAGUCCAUGCAACGUGCAGGACAGAGUCUUAUAAAAGAUCUAAAAAAUUUGCCACUUAUUCAAAGCUACAGCAGUCUUCUGGCAUUAGCUCAGAAUACUAAGAAGAAGACUGAUAGGCAACACAACAACUACAACAACAGCAAGACAGAUAGGCAACACGAUCUUGUAAUUGCUUCAUACGUGUUAGGUGAAAUACCAUCCCUAAAGGACAGAAUCGCCAUUGUCCGCCAGCUUUGGGGCCUUACAGGAGAUAUUCUGGUCCUAGUUGAACCAGGAACACCACAUGGAUCUAACAUCAUAUCUCAAAUGAGAUCUCAUAUAUUAUGGAUGGAAAGAAGGAGAUCUCACAAAUUAGAAGAGUCACCUGGCAAAUCUUGUAAAGCCUUGACGACACACAAAAGUGGUGCAUUUAUUGUAGCACCUUGUGGACACGAUGGACCUUGUCCGCUGAGUAAGUCUGGAAAAUACUGUCAUUUUGUUCAACGGUUGGAGAGGACUACAUCACAACUUACUGUCAAGCGGUCCAGCGGUGCAUCUCUUCGUGGCUUUGAAGAUGAGAAAUUUUCUUAUGUUGUUUUGAGACGAGGACAACGGCCGAGAGAAGCUUGGCCACUUGAUGGUAUGAAGUUUGAAACAUUGGAGGAACAACAUGCUAGAAGAAAUGAAGAAGAUUUAGAGAUUAACUAUGAGGACCAAUUACCUUUAGAAAUUGAGGAAGACCUGAAAGGAGAGGAUCAUAUACCCUAUGAUUCUGAUGAUACAGAAGCAGACACCAUUACAGAUGAAGAUGAGAGGGAGGAAGCAGCAGCUUCUGCUGGUCUUGGUACUGGUUGGGGAAGAAUAAUUUACUCUCCUAUACGAAGGGGGAAGCGGGUUGAAAUGGACGUGUGCCGGGCAACAAAUGCAGAAGGCACGCAAGGCUCUUUUGAUCGGAUUAUCGUUACGAAGAGCAAGAAUCCAACAAUGCAUCGUCAAGCUAAAAGAUCCCUCUGGGGAGACCUCUGGCCACUUUGAAACACCCUACACAUGAAGAAACUAUGCUAUAUGUUAUCAUCAUUUGGGGCGUUUUUCUCUACAAAUCAACCGAAGAAAUUGUCCAUCCAAAAAAGAAGUGGAGAACCGAACUUGUCGCGUAGGACUCUGAUUUCAUGUCUUCUCCCCACUCAUCCCCUUGGCCUCCCUCACCCACAAUCCCCACUUUGGGGUUAUGUUGGGGAUUUAUGCCCUCUUAAGUGUUCCCUCUAUCGCAAUUGAUAUGUUCCCUCUUCAUCAGACAGCACAGUUUUCAUGUUAUUAUGAAUGCCAGAUUGACAAAAAAACAUGAGCAAUACCCUUUGUCUUUCCUAUAAACAGCACAUUUGUUAUGAUGUUCCUAACUUGUUUUGGCUCCCUAGGCUAUGUUUGGAUGGAGAGUUUUGGAGCAAUACAGAGAGUAGAGUCAA